GCACAACUUAUUUGAUCCGUCCAUGCGAUUCGUCAAUCCGACUGCCUGUUGAUGGUGUUGCUUACUCUGACUGCUGCCGCAAAGGCGGCAAUCGACGAGUACUGCGCGCUGCCAAAGGAUGGCACGGCAGCUCAGGACGAUGGAGCUGCAGCAAGGCUCGAAGCAUUGCGCCAUGCCGAUCUAGGAACUCCUAUCGAGCAUGAGGACUUGCUCGAAGUAUCCACCCGUCUCACUCAGAAAUGUCGACGGGACGGCGAAGAGUCAAUACUCAAGUCCUGGCGACUGGACUCGCUGCUGAAAGGUGCGAGAGUAUACCAAGCACCACUCCCUCCUAAACCAGAACCCACACCAGAAUACAAAGCACUCAUGCGCCGUCUACGAGCAGCAGAAGAAGAGCGCCAAUACGAGCGCAUGACCAAUCCAACCCCGGCAAAAGACUUCUUCAAUCAAAGAUCUUCAGCAACAGCCUACGCCUUCAACCCGGCAACAUCUAUCGGCCAAGGCGUGGGCGAACACGAAGCAGACGACGUAACGUACGCAGACGUGAAGCGGCAAGUGACGCUCAUCAUCAACAUCCUCGUUUCCAUCGUUGCCUGCAGCGUGGCGAUUUGGGUCGUCGCGCGUAGAUGGGACGCGCCGCAGCGCCUUGGGCUGUCUAUGGGUGGAAGUGGGCUUGUGGCUCUUGCUGAAGUUGCGAUAUAUAUGGGUUAUAUUCGACGAAUCAAGGAGGCAAAAGUGGCGGAGCGGAAGGUGGUGGAGACGAAGGAGGUGGUGGAGACUUGGGUGUUUGAUGGAUCUGCUGCGAGUGGUGCUCAGGCUCCUACGAAGGAGAAUAUCAGGUAUAGAAAGGGCAAGCAUCGAUGAUACUCGUUGGAAAGGAGCCAUAGCUUCUUGUACACUGCGAUACCCAGUCACGUGGUUAGCGCGGGGGUUUCGCGCUUAGAGUUCGUGAAGCUUUCAGCAGCUCGCGACGUCUACUCUUCGUCUCUUCACAA